ACACAAAAAUGCGAUAAAUUAAUAAAAAACGAUGAAAAAGAAAUAACAUUGUACUGCAUGGGUUCAGCAAUUCAACGAGGUAUUUUACUAGCAUUGAAACUUUGUGAUGAGCAUCCUUUUUUGACAAAUUCAGUUAACACAUAUACUACCAAAGUUAAUGAACUUGUGAUACCAACUACCGACGAAGAAGAUUUUGAAACCCAAAGCCGCAAUAAUUCUACUGUAUGCAUUCUUUUAACUCGAAAUAAUCCGCUGGAGCCCUCAACAGCUUCAUAAGCAAAAUGUUCUUCACAAUAGAAGAAAUAGUGAGAUGGCUUGGUUUAACCGUUUUCGAAAUAUGGUUGAAUCUAAUUGCUCUGGUGGUAUUUUCAAUUCUAUUGGCGCUCAAAUUUGACCCUACAACGGCAGUCUAUCAUUGCAGUUGGUGGACAAUCUUUUUGCCAUUGUUUGCUAGUGAUGCGCUAAAUGCAUACUUCUGCAUAAUAAUUUUUAUUCGCAUGCAACUGGAAAGUUCCUUGAAAGGGGCUCUCUUAAGGGUUAGUUGGUCUGCAACAUUUCUGUUUAUGACAUUUUUGUUCAAGUUUUUCUUGUGCAAAAAACUGAUGGGCCAAGUUAGUUUGGAUUAUAACGAAAUAUUCACCCCACUGUAUAUUCUAUUGCAGUUAGUGGCUAUUAGAGCCUGUCAACAGACAUAAUUCUUUUGGGCAUUUUGUAGAUAAAGAAUAAAGUCAGUUCUGUAUUUAUAAUAUUAGAGGUAGUUUAAGUGUAAAUCAAAAACCAAAU